GGGCCCAUUAAAAGCCCAAUAAGGAAUUCAAUUCAUUAAUUUGUUAAGACUCCAGAAUGGCAGAAUCUCUUGACCGACGUUAAGGGCACUAACGACUCCGUCUCCGGUCAUAAACCCGGCGAGUGGUGAACUGAGAAAAUUGAUAGCCGACUACAAUGGAUUCGCAACCUCCGGUUAACGAGUCAACCCCGUCGACGGCGCUGUCAAACUUCGGAGAGCUAGUUCCAUUUUAUUCGAGUUACCUUUGGAAUCGCCUUGCUUCCUUGUUGCCUACUUCCAAACCCAUUUUUCUCGGGAAAAUCUCCAAUCUCUAUCGCCAAACAGUUUCGAGAAAACGAAGUAUUUCAUUUCCUCUUCCUCUACCCUCCGAUUUCCCAAGUUCUUCUACAAUUACAAGCAAUGUCUCUGCGGAUACAGCUAGGAUUCAUGGUGUGUUGGAGGAAAUUAUGGCUGACGUUCUCUCGAAUUUGCAUGAUAUUCAGAAAAGUUUAGAUUUUUGGCGAUCUAGAGCUGAGGGUUCCAAUGCUCGAAAAGCGUACUUCAUGAUUUUUGAGAGAGGACCAACAGCUUUUGUGAACGAGAGUACGAAGUUCGUGAGCAAAAGUCUCAGUGAGGAUUCUGCGAUGCAGCAUCUUUGUCAGUCAUCUUCGUCUCACAUGACAGAGAGGAUGCGGGUCUUGGUGGAGUUAAGAUCUGCACUCGCGUCCUUUAUUGCCCAGCUUUAUGUUGAGUUGGAUAAACGUGGAGAGGAUCUUGUGAAGAUUCCAGAAAAGGCACUGCCAUCAUUGUUGGCUGUUAUCAAUGGAUUGUUUUCGAACCUGGAGGGAUCUUUCAGCCAUUUGCAUGCUGUGCGUGAGUGUGAUUCUUCUGUUGAUGGAAGUUACCCAAUGCCUCUUGUAUUUGAUCGACUGCCUGAAGUUAAUGAAGAAGGAUCCCAGUGGACUGAUUGUGAACUUACAGAUGCAAUCAACCUGGUUCAUAAAAAUUUGGAAAAACUUAACUCAUAUUUAUCAGUUAUGGUAGGGAAACAUCGGAAGCCAAGGAGGAUGACCCUGUACUGGGUCCGGUAUACAUGUGGUGCAGUUGGGCUCUCUGUUUUCUCUAUAUGGCUACUACGUCAUAGUAGUUUGAUGGGAAGUUCGGAUAUAGAGAAUUGGGUUCAUGAUGCAAAAGAAGCAACGAUGAGCUUCUUUAGUGAUCAUGUUGAGCAACCGCUGCUUUCCAUUCGCGAUGAGCUUUUUGAUACUUUUCGGAAAAGGCACAAGGGUGUUAUGGAAACUGAAGAAGUGCAGCUGACGCAAGAUUCACUCCACAGAAUGCUUCGGAAUUUCUGCGAGCAGGCUACACGUGAAAAGGUCCCGGAUAAUGCAUCUGAUCAGGAGAUGCUCGAGGUUGUUAUGAAUAGGUAUGAAAAAGAACUUGUGCACCCUAUUCACAACCUCCUUAGUGGAGAGCUUGCCCGUGGUUUGCUUAUUCAGGUCCAAAAGCUUAAACUGGAUAUAGAAACAGCGAUGCUUGAACUGGAUCAGAUACUCCGUGCAAAUGAAAUAAACUUUGCCAUUCUGGCUGCAUUACCUGCAUUCUUUCUCAGCAUUGUUAUGCUUACAGUGCUUCGGACCUGGCUUAAAAAGGAUAGCAAAGCUCAAGGACGAGGAAGAAUUGCUCGUAUUCACAGGAGACUACUUGUCGUUGAAAUUGAAAAGAGAAUUAUGCAGUAUCAGAGCUACAUUGAACAAGGACGUGUAUGAUAUCCACUAUUCUCCUUUUCCCCCUUUAUCUUAAAUCAUUAUUAUUUUGCAAAUGGGUUCUGUAAGAAUCCUGUGAAAACGUUUCUGGUCGUUUCUUGAUGCUGUUAACAGGAUAAGGACGCAGAAACUGUAUUUGGUUUGCUAAUAUACAGCCUUGAACGUUUGUACCGAGUUGUUGAGAAACCUGCAAGAGCAACCGACGAGUGGGAUUUAGUGAAACAAGAUCUGAUCGAGUUAGGAAGGCCACAGCAGCAAACAUCAUACAAGCUAACAGUGACACAACGACUAGUAACGGUUUAUGACUGCUUGCUUCCCACUCUGAAGCGACAAUAACUCAUCUCGGUUUCUUAAUCUACUUUAUGAAAUCCCAAUUGUAUUCAAUCAUUCCUCCAAAAAUGCUUGCUUGAGGGCCACUUUUGGUACUAAGCCAAAACCUUUUUUUCCUUGAAAUGGUAUAACAAGGCUACACAUAGAAGAUAGUUUUGAAAUUCAUGAUCUAUGUUGCAAUUUAAGAUAUCAAAACCUAUUUUGUGGUCUUUUUUUUUGUUAAAAGGCAUUCAAUUAAAAGAGGUAAUAAUACAAGCUAAG